UCGGACGGAUCGGUUCGAAUACUGUGAGCAGUGCCAUCCAGCAUUACCGAUGCGCGGAUGCGCGAGAAGGGAGCGUGGGCCGGACCGGACCACCACGCGCCCGGUAGACUUUCCCGAUCCGGGGCAGGCCGGGCCGGGCCGGGCCGGGCACGGCGAUCAGAAGGAGGCGAGGCCAUCGGCAAUCGAGCCCAGCCCAGUCCAGACGAGGCGCGGGGCCGAGCGUUCGCAUCGCGGCGAAUACGAUAAGAGAAGUAAACUGCAUACGAAUCCCACCCCACCACGACCGUAUGAAUACGGAUUGACGGUAUCCGACCCUUCAUACGCACACCGUUCAAGGUCACCGUUAAACACACAGUUCAAUCCUAAAUUGAAUUGUGUAAAUCAGGACUUGUAACAGGUCAAGUAUUUAUACACAUUGAUUGAGACGAUAAGAGGAAAGGGGCAGCGAGAGAACAUUCUCUAAGCAUUGUGCAUUAAACCUAGAUACUAUUCGAGGAAAAGCUCGUGUACGGGCGGCUACGAAAAGUGAUGCAGGGGCUUGAAUUUUAAUACGUUGUGGAAAUGUACGAGGCGAAACAAUAGUGUUGUAUUGUAGGAGGAUAGGUGAGCAAAGCUUUUUAUUUUUGAUAUUUAUAGCGUUUGUACUCCUCGGUUGGAUUCUUAUAACCUUUAC